AGACUGUUCCUCUGAACUUUUACACUUUCCAUGGACUCUCCCAACAUGAGAAGAAUCGUGAUCCUUGGAAAAACUGGAGCUGGGAAAAGCAGCCUUGGAAACACUAUAUUUGGAAAAGAACAGUUCACUGUCUGCUAUGAUUCAGUCUCUGCUGUAAAUCCAUGUCAAGCAAAAACUCAAUCACUCAAUGGAAUAGAAACCACUCUGAUUGACACACCUGGCUUCUUUGAUACAAACAAACCUGAAGAAAAAUGGAAGGCUGAAAUAGUGAAGUGUAUCACAGAGUGUUCACCUGGGCCGCACGCUUUCCUUAUUGUGCUUAAAGUAGAAAAAUUUACAGAUCAGGAAAACGAUGUCAUCAACAAAAUAACCCAGUACUUCUCUGAAGAAGUCUUCAGAUUUUCAACAGUUGUUUUUACUCAUGGAGAUGAUCUCCAGGACGGGCAGGAAAUCAAAGAUUUUGUGAGGCCAAAUAGCUUUCUGAAUGACGUAGUAAAAAAAUGUGGUGGUCGGUACCAUGUAAUAGAUAAUAAACGCUGGAAAAAUCCCUCAGCUGAGACAUACAGGACCAACGCCUACCAGGUGAACGAGAUAUUCAAAUCAGUUGAAGAGAUUGUGAAUGAUAACAAUGGAAACUGCUACACCAAUGAGUUUCUACAAACAGUGGAAAAAAUGACACAACAGACAGAGAAGAGUAUUGCACAGUCAGAAAAUAUGUCAAAAGAAGAAAUCAGGCAGAAAGCUAAAAGCAGAUUUUGUGAUGCUUUAAAUAAAACAGCAGGUAUGACAACAGGUGUACUGUUGGGAGCAUUUUUUGGUGCAACUGUCUCUGCUGUAGUAGUCACUAGCGGCGUAAUUAUGUAA